UACAGUGAUCUACCUUCGUGAGUGUUUGUUGUGUAAGCAGGUUUUAAAAGGGUGUCUGUGGGACAGACAGGCAGGCUGGGUGGGGGGGCUCCACCUGCUGAAUGAACGCGGUCAGUAUUGGGGAGUACCAUGGGCUACGGGUGGGCUCAGCCCUGCUCAGUAUAGUAGCAGGUUGCAUCAUCAUUGGAGUGUCAAAGGACUGUGAUGCUGAUGCUGUGGGGGGCAUCUUCCUUGGGGCCGGUGGGCUCGGUCUCCUCAUUUCAGUCUACCCGUUCAUACGAGCAUGGUUCAACUUCCAUCAUAUACUGCCCAAUAUAGGCAACUUCAGAGUGCACCCAAUGGCUACAAACUCAAAUCCAGCCCCUGAACAGCCAGCGGCUAUUCUCACACGAGAGGGGACUCAAAGUCAGCUUAAUGUAGAGCGCUCGAAAAGUCGUAUGGGGACAUUCGUGGAGACAGCAGCUUCAACAGCCGCCGAGGGCUCACAGGAUGACGGGCCUUCAGCUGAUGUUCCAGAUAUCUUGGGCAGGCGAAAGUUUAAGUCACCAUCUUCUGAUCAAGAAUAAUGACUGGAUCCAGGAGUCUCAUUAAAGAGCAAACAGUAUUCAUUUCACUAUAAGCAAAGCUGAUCUCUGCUUACAGCUCAUUACAGUGUGCAAUCUGAUAUCACACAUAUAAACAGUGUGUCUGAUAUAAAAUGAAAACAGUGUUUGAUGAAAGCGGGUUGAAAAUCAUGCAGAAGCAACAGCCAUGUUAAUGAAGAAAGAAAAAUUCUGUCAUUAUUUACUUACUAUAAUGGUUGACAUUGGGGCUGGGUAAUGGGACGGGGUGGGGGGGGGGUCCAAUUCCAUUGACAUAUCAGAAAAACAAUCUAGUGCUCUGUAGUACUUGGUUAUUGCAAUAAAAAUAUCAAUUGGAGUGUCAUAAAGCCGUGUCAAUCAGCUCCUCCAUCAGUAGAUCAGUCAUAUAUUGUCCCGUUUUCACUGAUUGGGAUAUUAUGGUACAGGUCGGUAUGGGUCACCUUUAUCAGGGUUGCGUUUCCACUGCCAAAAUGGUACCGAUAGCAUGUACA